UCCGUUUUUCCCAGUGAUCGGCAGAUCAGUUUCCGGUUUAUUUCCUGCUUCAUCCGCAUCACCAUGAACUUCUCAAGAUGUCUCCAAAACCUGCCAAAAAUAUCUAUAAACGAUGUACACCGCAUCGUGGAUGCCCACUCCCCUGCUUCCAAGAGCAAACAAGAAAAAGGCUUUCGUCUAUAUAUAUCCAGUUACGUGCACCAGUACGAGGGUAAGUAUAUUAUGUGGUGAUGUUAGCCGGCUAGCUAACGUUGGCGACCUGCUAAUUAAAGCUUUACUUUUGUUUCGUAUGUUUAAUUGUUGUCAAAACUGUGUUACUUUUGCGUCUCUCUCAGUCUCAGAGAAAGAUCAGGGCACAGGUGAAGUUGUCGUCAGGGCGCUGUGUUACAGGUCCAUGAAGAAAGCUGAGAAGCCUCACAGUUUGAGUGUAUGGUGAAGCUAGAAUAGAUAAGACAGCAGCGGUUGCUUGAGAAACCCAGUGUUCCAGAUGUUCUUGGGGGCUGGGCAAGGUCAUACAUUUUAAUGUAACUCUUUAAUGUGCUCACAAUGAAAAGAGCGGUUUAAAUAACAGGUAAGUUUACCUUGCUGGUCCCCACUGGGUUACUGCAUGCGUUCAUGUUGAAGUUAUAAUGUUAUAAUGUUAUUAUAACCCAGAGUUCCUAAUGUUCCUGGGGAUUCAGCUAAGGUUAUUCAUGUUUAAUGUAACUUUUAAUAGAUAGAAUGAAAACAGUCGUUACCUACUGCAGGUGAGUUUACUUAGCUGAUCCCCACUGGGUUAUUGCUUACUGAUUCUCAUCAGUUUUAUAUGCAUCUUAUUGUGCCUCUCAGUUGUUAUUAGCUGUGUUUUACCUAAACUCAGUCAUUUAUUUAAGGUGUAGGCUUGAUUAAAAAACUCAGACUGUGUCAUAAAGAAUGAUUAAGCAGUUAAACAAGCCAAGAUUAAUAAGUACUAACUGUGACAUUUUACUUUUACAGGUGGUACUAAGAGAUUCCAGUCCUGUGGAGCUGCUGCAUCACAGCUGCACAUGUGUGGCUGGAGCAGCUUUAUGUAACCACUGUGUAGCCUUGCUUUUCCAGUCAGCACAUUAUUCUCAGCUGAAGGUGCCUGUGGUCCCCCCUAUGCUGAGCUGUACAGAGGGAGAACAACAGUGGCACAAGCCCAGAACUUUGGGUAUAAAACCAGGACCCGUGGAUAAGAUGGCUGUUUUAUCUGCAAAACCAAAGUGUGGAGGAACAAGAGAGGGUGUAAGGAGCACACUCUACAAAGGCCUCAGUGGGGAUUUACCUGAUCUCUCUGUCCUUCAGGUGCUCAGGGGUCCUCUUAACUCUACCACAGUGUUAGACUCAGUGUGGCAUGGCGUGAGCAGCAUCAAAGAUUUCAUCGUGAGGCCAACAUGUUAAUAAAAGCACAACUUGGAGGAAAAAAGAAAUAUCUGAAACUGGAAGAAGUUAGCUUCGCAGAGUUUAUCACUGCAGUCCAGCAGAAGUUUCUGAUACCAGAGACUACACCACUGAGGGUCACAGAUGACCAGGGUGUGGAAGUUGAUGAGGAUGUUUUUCCAGACCUUGCAACAGCCAAAGAAAUAUGCUUUUUCAUCUACACUGAUCAAGACCUUCCAGUUGCUGAAGCAUCCAUGAUCUCUACUGAGUGUUCAGACCUGACUGAGUAUGUGACCCUCACUACUUGUGAUUUGACAGUCCUGCAGCAAGAGGAUGAUAGGACCUCUUCACCAUCCCUUACAGAUACAGUCUCUGUUUCAAGCAGUUUAAGCAGUGAGACAAGUGAUCAGGGAUGUCAGAUUGUUCCCCCUUUGAAUAGUAUCCUUGCAAAAAAUAAUGUAGAGCAAAUUCUCUCCUCAAAACCAGCUGGCAUGACUGUGAUAAAAGAGUAUGAGGAGACUGGGAGUUUAAAAGAUUCUACCCGGCGGUUAAUGGUUAACAUUAUUGUGGCUCAUAUGCAUGAAAAAGAAGGGAGAGCUGUUAGCAAAGCAACAAAGGAAUUCCAUGCCCUUGGAAUUGUGUCACUGUUCCCAUCUCUGAAGGACCCGUACUCCAAAAAGGGAUAUGAACACUUCUAUGACAUUCAGAGCAACAAAGGCUUUCUACAGUGGCGUAUGAAAACAGUGCAGCGUAAAUCCAGAACCGUGUCAACAACCCAGAAUAACAUGGUGCUCACAGGAGGUCCUACAUCAUCAAGAUCAUUUGGUACCAUGGAUGACCAGCGAAAAGGAGACGAAUGUAUGGAAGCCAUGUCUCUCCUUCACUACACAACUGAUCGGGACUUGGUGUUCCAGAAGAUGAGAGAAACCUUCUGCUACCGUCAGCAGAUCCUUCAUGACCCACAGCGCGCAGCUGAUGUCCUACAAAUGUUUCCUCGUUUUUUGGAUGUCAAAGGACUGAUUUUGCAAGACUUCUCACUGAUGUUUGGAGCUGAUGUCGCUUCAAGAUUCCUUGAAAAAUGGAACACCAGUUUCAAAGACAAAGUCAUCCAGGAGGCCAGGGCCCUGAAAGAGACUGUUCUCCUUAAACAGCAGUUAAAAGCUGCCCUGAAUGAAAGGUCUGAUGCUACUGAUGAGCCAGAGUGGGAUAGCGACAUGGCUUCCAUUCUUGUGUUGCUGCAUCUUCUCACUCCCCAACCAGCUGGCAGAAAGCGGCCAAAGAAGAUCAGUGUUGGUGAGGCAAUGGAUCAUCUAGUGAAAUUUCACAAGUCAUGCAAUAGCCUUGAGGAUCAUCUCUUGACUGCUGCAGAAACCCGUCAGCCAUAUGUUCUUGCCAGUGGGACUUCAAAGGCACAGGUUUUCACCUUCUACAUUGUCUUGGACAAGAAGCUUCUGCCUUGUCAGUCAUGUACAUCCUUAGGUGCUUUUGAUGAGUUGUUCAAGUCUCAUUUUGUUUUCAGUGUGAAGUAUGAUGAUGCUCUGUCCAGCCUGUACACAUUUUUGCAGACAACUGUGUACAAUAUUGACAUAGGCACAACUGAAGAAACUCCAAAAGUCAAAGAGCUGAGAGCAAAGUUGUUGAACAAGCUUUAGUUGGCCUUCUCAGCCACAAUGCUAAGUUGCUUUCUGUGUGCUUCAUCCUUUGGUACAACUGUGCAUCUGUUCAGGCACCUCAAACUAAUUCAUGGAAUGUAUCCAGGGAAAAGUCUAAGACUGAAAUGUGGCCAGGCCGGUUGUUGCUUGCAGUUCUCCAGUUAUUCUGGAUUUAGGAGACAUCUUAUUAAUAUUCAUUCUUCAACUGAGCCCUGUGAGGAUCCUUCCAAUUGUGAAAGUGAAGAUGGCAAUUCUCAGUCAUUAGACAAUGAAAUGCCGUCUACUUCAUCUCAAUGCCAAAAUGUUGAAACUGGACAUUCAGGAUCCACUCAAAGGAAAGAUAUGUGUGCUUCAAUUAUAGCCAAGCUUUUGGGGAGCGGUGUACCAAAUUCUGUGGUUCUGUCCACAAUUGAAAAUCUUGAAGAAUUUGUGGAGGAACUGCAGUCCAAUAUUCAGGACCAGGUAUUGAACUUACUUCCAGGAAAUAAUCCAUCUAGAUCAGCCAUGGAAGACUUAUUUAAAAAGUUUGACAAUCCUUUCAGUCAGCUGAACUCUGAUACCAAGUGGAAGAAAUAUUUCAGGGAUAAAUGGGGGGUAGUAGAGCCAGUUGAGGUGCACCUUGGAGUUAGAUAUGAUACGAGACGAAAUAAAACUGGAAUGUAUGAACAAGUUCCUGUUAAUGAUAAAUUCACAUAUAUUCCAAUUUUGAAGACACUCCAGUUCAUUUUUAGAAAUGAAAGCAUAUGCGAGUUGAUACAAAAAUCUAGGCCACCUUUUUCUGAUGUUUAUGAAGACUUCUGUGAUGGAAGCUACUUUGAAAGUCAUCCAUUAUAUUCAGUUUAUAGACAUAGUCUCCAAAUUCAAUUGUACUAUGACGAAUUUGAAUGUGCAAAUCCUCUUGGAUCAAAAAAAGGCAUACAUAAAGUUGGCUGCCUUUACUUUAUUCUCAGAAAUCUUCCCCCAAAAGUAAAUUCAGCCCUCAUGAACAUCCACUUGGUAUCUUUGUUUUAUGCACAAGAUGUAAAAAAAUAUGGGAUUGAUGAAAUACUGAAACCCUUAAUUAGUGAUUUGAAAAUUCUAGAAACUGUUGGAAUUGCUGUGCCAUUUGCAGAACACCCUGUAUGUGGUACACUUGCUCAAAUUACUGGUGACAAUUUGGGUAUGCAUUGCAUUCUUGGGUACCUGGAGUCAUUUAGUGCACAUUAUUUCUGUCGAUUUUGCUUAAUUGAUAAAUUCACAGCUCAGUCAGUUUUCUCAGAGGAUGACCCAAGGUUGACUUUAAGAUCACCAGUUCUAAACGAUCAGCAUUAUGCCAAUUUGAUUGAUGAACCAACACUUGCCUCUUCAUUUGGCAUUAAGAGGAAAAGCACACUUAAUAACUUAAAGUAUUUUAAUACUGCAGAAAACUAUGCUGUGGACAUAAUGCACGACAUAUUGGAAGGAGUGGGCCAGUUUGAGAUACGACUACUUUUUGAAUAUCUGAUUGAACAUUUAAUUUCCAAAGAAACCUUGUUGAACCGAAUAUAUGCUUUUAAUUAUGGGUAUUUAGAAAAUAAAAACAAGCCAACCAAUAUUAACCUUGACUGUGGAGGGCAUGGGAUAGGAUUAAAUGCAUCACAAACGCUGUGUUUAGUCACAAACAUACCUUUGAUAUUUGGUGACCUGGUACCAGAGGAUGAUCUGCACUGGCAUUUAUUGCUGUUGUUGUUAAACAUUAUAAAUAUUGUAUUCUCAUAUUCAGUCACUGAGGGGAUGACGGUGUAUUUGAAGCACCUUAUUAUCGAACACCAUAGUCUCUUUAAAGAACUUUACCCUUCAAAAAACUUGCUUCCAAAACAUCAUUUCAUGUUGCACUACCCGAGAUGCAUUAGAAAGAUUGGACCACUUAUUCAUAUUUGGACAAUGAGAUUCGAAGCUAAACAUAAAUUUUUCAAAGAUUGUGUGAAGAACUUUAAGAAUUUGACUGUAUCUCUUGCAAACAAACACCAGUUAGCAGUUGCGUAUCAUUGGGAGUGCUUGUCUUGGAAUGCAGUAGAGUCUGGACCAAUCAAGUUGUGUUCACCUGAAUUACUGGAAUUUUUAGAAGAUUUAAUGGCAUUUUUUCAUGUUGAUUCACUAGCCACUGUCAGUUUUACAAAAUGGGUCAAAUGUUGUGGUGUUGAAUAUCGUGUUGGACUAUUUGUUUGCACCGGUACUGAUGAAAACACACCACUUUUCAGCAAAAUAGCUUCAAUUGUUUUGCACAGUGGCAAAGUAUUUUUUGUGUUGAUUGAGCAUGAGACUUAUUUCCAUGAUCAUUUCCAUGCUUUUCAAAUCAGGGAGAAUGUACCAAGGAAAAUACUAGUGAUAGAGAAGGAGAAAUUAAGACAUUUCAAACCUUUUGAUGCUCAGAUGUCAUAUGGUUGUGAUUCACAAUUUUAUGUUAUUUUAGAAAGCUGUAUUAUCUGAUUUGAUUUGUAUGAGUUCCUUGUGGAAUUUUCCUGUAUGUUCUAUCCGUAAAACAUGUUCUGCACUGCUGAGAUGUGAAUAGUGCUGCUGACUUGAUCUUUUUGCUGUAAUACUGUUUUUUACUGUCAGAUUUUACAGUUUUUUUGACAGCACUUUAUUUAAAAUGUAACCAAGCAUGACUUUGCCUCAUGUAAGGUUUGUUAAAAUAAAAUGAGAAGUUAAAAGCA